GAACAAAAACGUGACUCAUUCUAAGUCUUGUGACACCCGGGGAGAUUGUAUUUCCCAUAGCGGAGACGGUUCUUGUCAGUUCCUGCCCUCAGAGAGAUAGAAAGGGAGCAGGCUUGUCUUGUCCUCUCCACAAACACCACCAUGGGUCUGAAGGUGGUCAUACCAUUGCUGCUGCUCUGCCUCCUACCCGAAUGCCGCCCUCAAGCCCAAACCCGCCCCAGCAACGGGCUUCGUCAGUGCCGGGCCGGCGCUCCGGCCAUGCCGGCGCUGGAGGUCCUGCCCGGAGGCGGCUGGGACAACCUGCGUAACCUGGACAUGGGGCGCGUGAUGAACCUCAGCUACUCGCUGUGCCAGACCACGGAGGACGGAGCCUACCUCAUCCCAGAUGAGAUCUUCGUCAUCCCGCAGAAGGUCACCGGGGUGGAGACCAACUCGGAGAUCAUCGGCACCUGGCUGGAGCAGCGGAGCUCCACCGCGCAUACCAUCAACGGCGACGCCUCCUUCUUCUCCGUCCUCAACGCCAAGUUCUCCAGCGAGAACGAGCGCAUGAAGACCCACCAGGUCAAGGAGGGGUCCGUCACCACCCGCGUGCAGGUGCGUAACUUCAUCUACACGGUGCGGGCUCAUCCGGACUUCACCCUGGACUCCCGCUUCGCCCAGCAGGCCCACGAGGUGGCGGACGCCCUGGAGAACAACCGCACCCGGCAGGCCUCGUACCUCUCGGAAAGGAUGGUGCUGGACUACGGCACGCACGUGCUCACGUCGGUCGACGCCGGCGCCACCUUGAUUGAGGAGGACUACCUGCGGGCGUCCUAUGUGUCGGACAGCGAGUCGGCUCGGUCCUCCGUCACCGCCUCGGCCGGGGUGAACUUCUUCAACAAGGUCAACAUCGGCAUGGGCGGUGGGACGCAACACGAGACCUCGGAGACCCACACUUACGAGGGAAACACCACCUACUCCCUGACCCUGAGCCACGGCGGAAUCCCCUACUACCCCGGCAUCACCCUGCAGAAGUGGCAGGAGAGCACCAUCAACAACCUGGUGGCCAUCGACCGUGCCGGACUGCCUCUGCACUACUUCCUGACCCAGGCGGCCCUCCCCAACCUUCCGGAACCUACCGUCCGGAAGCUAGCAUUGUACGUGCGUCAGGCUGUGGACCGCUACUACGAGGUCAACACCCACCCGGGCUGCGUGAAGCCGGACUCCCAGAACUUCAACUUCCAGGCCAACGUUGACGACAGCUCCUGUGAGGGCCCGGCCACGAACCUCAGCUUUGGCGGGGUGUACCAGCAAUGCACCAUGCUGACCGGCGACGCCGGGCCCUUGUGCCAGGCGCUGGCAGAGAAGAACCCGGAUACAGGGGAAUACUCCUGUCGCCCACCGUACACUGCGACCCUACUGCGGACCGAGGUGCGGGAAGAAUCCUACAGUCAGUAUGAGUGCCAUAAACAGUGCCAUCGGUGUUGGCUCGUGGCCACAUGCUGCAAGCAGGUGUGUGGCGACGCCUACCAUGUUCGAAGGGCACGAGUAGAUACUUCCUGGUGUUCCACCACCAGCGGGGUCGAGAAGUUCUCAGGGUACCUCUUUGGUGGUCUGUAUGGCCCAACCCUCCAGAACCCCCUCACCAAGUCCCACAACUGCCCCCCGAGCUUCUUCCCUUCGAAGUUCCUCUCCGACGGAGUGAGGAUCUGCCUGAGCAAGGAUUACGAGACCGCCACCAGGUUCUCCGUCCCCUUCGGCGGGCUGUUCAGCUGCAAAUCUGGAAACCCUCUGGCACGCAACGAACCACACUGCCCCCCGCAGUUCAGCCAGCACACAGCCGCCAUCAGCGACGGUUGCCAGGUGCUCUACUGCGUGCAGUCGGGCGUGUUCACGGGUGGGCAGCUGCUCCCUGUUCGCCUUCCGCCCUUCACGCGACCCCCUCUCAUUGGCAUGAUCGCCACCAACACCGUGGCGGUGAUGACGGAGGGCGAGCGGGCCUGGGUCAGAGUGGGGAAGACCAAGAUGUGGAAGCUGGCCGACCCGGAAGAGCUCAACAAGAUGGGAGCCAUGUUCGACGAAUCGUCCCACAUGUCUUCCGGCGAGAAGUUUGGGGUCGCCGCGGGCGCGGUCGUAGCGGUCGCCGUGGUGAUCGGAGGGAUCGCGUUGGCGCUGAAGAAGAGGAGAGGAAGAAGGUCGGGAGGUAGAGGAGGGUACGAGGAGUUUCACAGUGAGGGCCCGGCCGAGGCACAGCCGGUCAGCGGAACAGAGACGGAGCCAGAGACGGGGAACGAUGAGCCAUCCCAGGCUCUACUGCCCUGAGAGGAAUGCCUUUAAACUAAAAAUGACACCCUGCAGGCCUGCACUCCAAUGACUAAUCAAGCAAGAGUUAACAACUCCUUUUAUUUUAUUCUUAUUUCCAAGCCGGACGUUUCGGCUUAUGCUGCCUUCAGUGCCAUUCAAGAUUGUUUGCAAAGGACAGAUAGUACUUGAAGAUCAUGAAUGCAUCAUGUGCAAAAAAGCUGAUUACAUCAUCAAAGGAAAACUGAAAGUGUAAUAAUAAUAGGUAAAUAGUUCCUAAAUAUAACAAUAUUCUUUGAGUUAUUUUUUAUGAUCAAUAGACAGAAUUGAAUGGUAUGCUCUGAAACGCAGUCUCUUUCAUGAAAAUAGGUAACGUUCCUGACACACUGACCUGACUAAUAUAUAAUAUAUGACAUACUGUGCUUUACUGCUGAUAUAAUAAUUAAUUAUUUUUCUAAAUGCAUUUGACUUUCAGCUGCUUCAUUGAAUUGUACAGUAGUACAUCACAAACAUUGUUUAUCUUUCUGCGGAAUAAAAGGUUUCAAAUAUAAUGGAAA